AUGCAGGAGAUUGGAAAAAAGGUUUUCGAACCUGACUGCUGGUGCUUGUUUGAAAAUAAAGCAAACCGAUUAAUUUAUGCUGACUCCUGUCAUUCAUUAUUCAAACGAAACAUUUCGAAAACGUCAGCUCAACCAGCUGAAGAGAGUAACAACCUAAAGGGAGCUCACGAUGCGGUGAUCAACAAAGUAGAGGAAGAAGAGGAUGAGGAUCAGGAAGAUAAAUGGUAUAAUGAGAUAAGGUUUGUGAAACCAACGACACAUAGUGACCAGUUAUCAUAUACAUUGAGAAGUUGUUUAGGUAGUGAGCCAAUGAAAGUUGUUAUGCCAGCGGAGGACAAGAUUGAAAAGAUGUGGAAGAGGUUAGACGACAGAUAUGGUAAUAGAUCAAAGCUGCUGGAUGUAGUAGUAGGUGAUUUGGUGAAGCAUAGAGCGGUAAAGGAGGGUGAAGAUAGAAAGUUGGUGGAAUUCAUCGAUCUAGUGGAGGUUAGCUACCGAAAUUUGGAGAGAGCUGGCUUGGAGAAGGAAAUGACCAAUUCUCGAGUGGUUGGAGAAAUAGAGAAGAAAUUACCGGACGAUGUGUUUAAAAGAUGGGUACGACACAUACAUGAUGAGAAAAAUAAAAUCGGAGAAACUGAGAAGAUGUCUGGUUUAUUGAGUUUCUUGGAAGAGGAAAGGAAGAGUGUAGAAUACUCUAUAGAGAGUUUGCGUAGCUGCCAUAUCACAAGCCAGCGUACCAAACCAACUGCAUCAGUGCAUACGGCUGAUGUUCGUGAACCACUACUAGCUAACAGUUGGUGUCUGAUCCACGAUAGUGCCCAGCACACGACAGAAGACUGCAGAGCAUACCUGGCGAAAGUUGUGAGUGACAGAAUACAACUAGUUAAGGAAAAGAGAGCAUGUUUCCGAUGUUUGAAACCAGGUCAUGGUGUAUUUAAAUGUAAGAAAUUAUACUGUGGGAAAGAUGGUUGCCAGAGAAAACACCAUCCAUCUAUUCACUUUCAACAGCCCGAGAAGCCAAGGGAGGUGAAACAUAAUGGUGCGGUUUUUAAGCCUGGAGGUUGUAUGCUGAUGGCGAUUGCUGUUAAAGCUAGAAAUGGGAUGAAGCUUAACACAAUAUUUGAUAGUGGAGCAACAGCAUCAAUAAUAACACAUGAGGCUGCAAUAAGAGUUGGUGCUAAAGGAGAUCAUGUAGAGAUAAAACUAACCAAGGUAGGCGGAGAAGAAAACGUGGUAGAAACAAAGUUGUACGACAUACUAUUGAAAGACAGAAGUGGAGAUAUUGUGAAGGUUAAAGCAUAUGGUAUGGAGAGCAUUACCAGUGACUUAAGGGUUCAGGAUGUCAAGCGACUAGCCGGUUUACUGAAGGUGGAUUGGAGGACAGUUGAUAGACCUGUAGGCAGAGUAGAGCUGUUGAUUGGCUUAGACUACGCCAAUCUUCAACCUCAGAAGAUAAAGGUGGUGGGUAAUCUAAUGUUAAGUACCAGUCCAUUUGGUAAAUGCGUAGGAGGAUGGCAUCCAGUUUGCGCGAGUGAAUCGUUGGCAGCUAUACAUUUGAUGCAAGUUGAUACUCUUUAUAAUCAGUUCUUAACUAUCGAGAGUAUUGGAGUUCGGUGUAACCCUAAGUGUGGUGGAUGUAAAUGUGGUAAAUGCCCAUUAGGUGCAAAGGAGUUCAUGUUGCAGGAGGAUCGAGAGCUAAGUUUGAUAGAAGAGGGCUUAACAUACCAAAAUGGGCGAAGGAUUGCUAGAUAUCCUUGGGUGAAGAAUCCUAACGAGUUGCCAGACAACAGAAAUGUAGCUUUGGCAAAACUAUACUCGUUAGAGAAAGAUCCAGAAAAGGCGAAGCUGUACAAUGAACAGAUACAGGACAUGAUUGAGAGAGAGGUAGCCAAAGAGGUGUCUGACACAGAGUUGCAUGAGUACCGUGGACCGGUUCAUUAUAUAGCCCAUCAUGCAGUUCCUAAGCCGGAUAGUGAGAGUACACCACUGAGGAUAGUUUUUGAUAGCAGUGCGAACUACCGAGGUCACACACUGAAUAACUACUGGGCAAAGGGACCAGAUCUCAACAACCGUUUGUUAGGUGUCUUAUUGAGAUUCCGGCGGGAGAGAACGGCAAUAGUAGGUGAUAUACGAAAAAUGUAUCACAGUGUAGGGAUAACUAUGUUGGACCAGCAUUGUCACAGGUUCUUGUGGAGAAAUAUGGAGGUUGGGAGAACACCUAGUACAUAUUGCGUGACCGCAGUAAAUUUUGGUGAUAAACCUGCAGCAACGAUCGCAAUCAGUGCAUUGCAUAAGACGGCGAAAAUGAGUGAAAAAGAGUUCCCGGAGGCUGUCAAAACACUUAUGGAGAACGUUUACAUGGACGACGUUCUGGACUCCUGUGAGAGUGAGGAAAAGGCGCUAAAGAAGACAGAGCAAAUGGAUAAAGUAUUGGAGUCGGGGAAUUUCAAGAUUAAAAGGUGA